UUAGAGGGUAAAUUAUGUUCAUAUUCACUCUUCCUGAGCAUGAAUGUCAUAAUAAUGUGAGGCUUCUAAGAAAUCUUUAGAAUUAUUUUCUGCUGGGAUGUAAGGAUUGUUUAAAAUAAGAAUUUAUUGCGAACAGUUUUUAUUGAGCCUUUUCUCUAAUACAGUCACAGUUGGCUACACUGCCUCAAAUAUUUCUAUAGCUGCCCUUUGUUCUUUAAUUAAGCAGAACUAAAGGAUUGAAAAUGUCUGAACCUGAAAAUGUCACAUCUUCUUAACUUCCAGUUGUCAAUAUUGAUUGCAGCGGGUAGAUUCUAUGUUUCUUUUUUUUUUUUUUUUAGCAUAAAAAGGACUUGUUUUUCUGAACACUGGAAAGGUUCAAGAGACUGAGAUACAUGUAGCUAAUUUGAGAUAUUUCCUAAAAACUGAGCUCUUAAAGAUUAUUUCACAAAAAGGCACAUAAUUACAAUUUAUACGCAGAGGUCAUCGUUUUUCCAAGGUUUGAGAAGGACUCAGACUGUCAACAGGUAUUUUUGCAAGGCGCUACUUCUUUCAUUAAUCCGUACCUAUGUACUGUUAUGUUGCAUUACAUUUGCCUCCUAAAUCAAAAAAUAGGAGCUGGGAAUGGGGUAAACCCGAGUAAACAGUGUUCAAGUUAACACAGUCAGAGAAGUCAGAACUCCAAAAUAAAAUCAAAAGGUCAAGAUUCUAACAGAAAAGCUGUUGUUUUGUUUAUAGUACCUCUUUACCGCUUACAAACGUCCUUUAAAGCUGUACUUUCCACAUGCAAACACCACAAUGUAACAUUUAUUUUAGAUGCACUCUUAGGGAGAACAUUACUGACUGCUUGCAGGAAUCUUCCAUGUAAGACAGACUCAGGAUUAUUGUCCAUGUCCUUGAACCGCCUGAUGCUGUUUGUUGUCCUUAACUGAAAACCUUGAAUCGCUCUUAGUCUGACCCCUCCCCGAUUCCAACUCGCCAUGGGAAGUUGAACCCCAAGACAGUCAUCAGGAUCAUAGGGGUACUCAAACCCUUCCACCGCGUUAAGGUGGUGAUUUGGUGAAGGCCAAAGCAAACCGGGAACUAAAAGUAAGUAAAAUUUCUUCAAACUAGUAUAUUUGUCCUUAAUUUGAGCAGGUAAAUAAGAUGAUCUGACGACAGAUUGCAUAUUUCUACCCCUAAAAUAAGAUAAUAUGAUGUGUUCACUUGAUACUGUAUAAGAUGAUGGAGAUGAGUUGUUCCUAUUUUGAGUGCAUUGGCAGAUCAUCUUAUUUACCUGCUUAGAUCAAGGGCAAAUACACUCAUUUAAAUUAAAAUUGUACUUUUAGUUCCCUUUUUGCAGAGGGGGCACCAAAUAUUUGAUUUGAUCCCCCAUCCUGAGCAAGCACAGAUCGACAGUGGAGAGGAAAACUCCCUUCAAAGUGGAAGAAACCUCCAGCAGAACCAGGCUCAGGAUGAGCCGCCAUUUGCCUCGACUGGCUGGCUAAAAAGAGGACAGGAAGGAGACACAAACCCAAAGCUGGCUCUGAAUCUCUGAAAGAAAAAACACAAAUUUGGCAACAGCAUUGAUUUACAUUACAAUUGAUAGAAAAUGGAACCGAGAAGAAACAGUGCUCAGUCUAUUUGGUUCCUAAGCGGUCUGAACCAAUAGCAGCAAGGUAAAAGUGCAGUCCUAAAAGUAUAAAGUUGAUUAAAAAAUGUAAACUUUAAAACCUGUGUCAGAACUUAUGUGUUUUGGUGAAGAAUUGUGUUCAGCAUUUAGUUACAAAUACACGGAGCCAGAAGUAAAGUGCAAAUACUAUGUUACAUUACUUAAGUAGACUUAAUUUUGGUUAUUUAUACUUUAGUGGAAUAAUUUUUUCUUUAUUUUUUGCCGACUUUUUACUUCUACUUCUUAUAUUGUUGAAAAUGGUCUCAUUACUUCUAUUUUAUUUCAGCUUGUCAGUAAAAAAAAUAAAAAUAAAAAUUUUAAAUAAAUGGCGCUACACGAACAGAGUGAUUUAGAUUGUGGUUGCAGGCAGUAGUGCACCAAGUUGUUUGCCAAACGUCCCAACAAAAACGCAAGAAGAAGAACAUUAUGUAGAAGAAUUACUUCUACUUUAAUACUUUAAGAACUUUUAUAUCCAUUACUUUUAUACUUUUACUUGAGUAAAAGGUUUGAAUUGAUAAUUCUGUAGAAGUAUUUUUACUUGAGUAAUAGAUGUGAAUACUUUUGACACCUGUACCACUAAGACAGAUGGGUUUUUAAGUUUUACAAUUUAUGGAAAAAAAUAUGUAAAUAUCAUUGUGUUGCUUCUAAAUGGCUAAUGCCAGGUUCACACGGGAGGAUAAUUUGCCCAACAUUCCCCUUCCGACAUGCCCUGAUUAUCGGGAUGUUAUUUGGGUACACUGAAGGUAGGUUAUAUUUUUAGAUUUCCAUAGCUUUCUCUUUGAUUUAGGUCUGAUAGUUUUUCCCCAGUCUAGUUUUGUCACUUGGCAACAUGUCAGUACUAUACAUCUUUGGACGCGCUGCUGGUUUUGUUGUUGUUUUACCUUCUUCUUAAACAUUUACAGGUGAAAAAUUUUUUUUCAAUGCUUCUGUGUAGUUCUUACUGUUGAACCAAAGGAAAUGUAACAGGUUUGUCUGAUCAGGGUUCUGACCGCAACUAAGAAGUCCUUCAAGUGAAAAGAAUGCUAAGUAUUUCAUUUCAUUUCUUGCAAGGAUAUUUGUCUUCAUUUUUUAUAUAGGAAAUAAAGUUUCUUUCAGUUGGUACUGUAAACAUAACAGGAAAGCAUAGCUAGACAAUGUUGACAUUUUUGCUAAGUUCCUGUCUGAUAUCUGACAUUUGUCCGUCUGCUUCACAACAUGUCAAGCUACAAAAUAUUUUUCAAAUGUUUCUUCUUAAAUAAAAUGAAUGAUUUGAGUACCUUUCGUGUAGAACCAGACACUUAUGCAAGUGUCUCCAGCUGUCUUAACUGGAUACAGAUAUAGGUUUCAUCAAUUUGAUGGGUUUGUGCUCGGCAAAGUGCAGAUAAGAAUAAUUUGAAUAAAUAUUCAAGAUUCAGAUUUAGAUUUAUACUUUAAUCUCCCCAAAGGGAAAUUUGACUUCACAGGCUGGUCAAAUAUUUACAAAAUCAUACACAACACAAACAUAUACAGUAUAGUUAAAGGGGAGGACAAGUAUUUUAACAAAAUAUUGAUAUACUGGUUAUUGCCAUGCUGAUUUCCAAGACCUUGUUAUUUACAUCUGCAGAGGCUAAUGAGCUCUGUGAGGGCAGAGAGGACAAAAUUUUCUUCACGACCAAGAUGUUUUAAAAAAUAUUUGCCGGUAUCUGCGUCGGGAGGAAAGGUGUGUGAAAUACGAAUGUAGAGGAUGAUGACAGUUGUGACUGAUCAACAGGGCAUGUGAUUAAAAAGGACAGGCAGACUGGGAGUAAUGAGACUGAUUGUUUUGGAACAAUUAAAAGUCAUUUUGAACAUUUAGUUCUUAUUAUUGAGAGGAACCAUGUUAAAAUAGCAGGUAGGACAAUAGAGCAAGACGGACUCUAUGAUGCUACAAUAAAGAAGAAGAAGCAGGAGGGGUGGCAUGAUGAAGAGGGAUCUGAGCUUGUGGAUGACAUAGAUACUCUUCUGACAGCUUAAUGAUGUUUAUGGUGGGACAAUUAAAGUUCAGUUUAUUGUUGAUUGUGAUUCCAAGAUACAGUUUUGAAGGGAUCCACAAUAUAAACAUGCUGACUGUUUAUGUAUGUGGGUGUCUUUGAUGUAAUCAAAUAUGAGUUCAUUGGUUUUGGUGACAUUGAGGAGAAGAUGGUUGUCUUUGCAGCAACAGGAAGAAAAUAGGGGUGGAUUUGGGGCCUAUGAGCAAAACACAGUGCUACAUGGUUAAAGCUAGACCUUUGACACACCAUUCCCCAUACAUGUUUAAAACAGGCCUAAAUUCUUAAGCAGGACAGGGAAACUGGUCGAAAUUGCCUAGAAACUUGCAGAAGCUUAUUACGGCGCAGUCCUAGAAGAAAGAUUUGAGAUUGGGCCAGAGGUUCCUCUUUCAGCAGGUCAGUGGUGAUAGAAAAAGUGAUAAACAAUAAUGUUGCAAGGAAGAAUGGUCAAAAUGACUGAGUCUCUAGACAUACAAAGGCAAAUCCAUAGAGAAAUAUCCCCAAAAGACUUAAAGCUGUAAUUGCAGGAUUAAGAAGUUCUGGGUUUUGGUGUUGAUGGUAAAUUAAAAUAGAGGGUUUCACCACCAAACACUGGCACACUGCUAAACAUUGCUGGGCCAUUUUAUUUUUCAACCCCUCUUUGUAGGUUUGGUGGUGAAAUUCCUCUGCGCAUUGUUUUCCAAGAAAUGCUCAAAGUAAUUAACCAAAAGUAUAUCUCAAGUCAUCUAUCUAACAUUAAAGAUGCCAUAUAAGCAGAAUCCUUUUGUCAGCACAUAAUAUUUGUGAUUGUUGCUGACUGAACAGACACCAACAUGCUAAUAGUCAAAUUCUGAACAAGAUGCACCACAAAGUAUUUAUACCUUGGGCACCGCCACUGUGCACACUGUUUUUGAAACAAUCUGAAAGCCACAUGAAGUUUGGAGGUCAGAAACAGUUGAUUCUGCAGAAAGUUGGCAAUCUCUUUGCACUGCAAACCCUGAGAUCAGAUGUUGCCUACUACCUCUUGGCAGAUGAAGUUGCAGUCCUUUCUAAUCCUUUUGAAUUAACAGAUUGCCCUUUCUGAGCAGAUCUCUAUAAAAGAAAAGGCACAUUUUGUCAUUUUCAUCUAGCCAGAAGAUCAUCUUUUCUGAUAUGUGAUGCAUUUUCAUGGUUAUAAUGUUUGUACAGUCAAAUCAUUGCUGGUAUUUACACACACACACCGGAGAGAGAGGAGUGGUCCGAGACCUAGAGACAAGCCCUGCUCAGAACCACCCUUCACAGAACAGAGGAAAGUCAAGCUUACCUGCUGUCAGUAGGCUGUUGCUAACAACAUGCACUUUGUCACACUAAUUGUUGGGAUUUGGCUUCUUCCAAAAGCCAACACCCUGAAAUGUUAUGAGUGUAUACCAGGAACCACUGGAACCUGCACUGAUCAAGCAAAAGAAUGCACCUCAUCAGAUAAUCGAUGUGCAGCAAUGACACUACUGACAUAUACAGUAGGUGAUUCUAAACCCAGAGAGAUCAAGGCUAAAAUGUGUACUCAGGCUGAAGGUUGUGUGAGAGGCUCAGUCAACUUUGGAUCUGACAAAACUGUGACUGUGACGGAGUGCUGCGCCUCAGACCUUUGCAACACCAAACAUGUCUCAGAGCCCAAGUCGAUUCCAAACGGCAAAAAGUGCUACAGUUGUGAAGGACAGCAAUGUACUAGAACCCUAAACUGUGAAGGGGAUCAGGAAUACUGCAUCGAAACAAUAACGAAUUUAGGAGGGGAAAUUCAGACCCUGAAAGGCUGUGCCUCCAAGAUGGUGUGCGACGAAAAUGGCUCUGCAUCAUUUGAAACUUUUAUUGGACAGAGAAGCAGCUGCUGCCAGGGGGAUUACUGCAACAGUGCCAGCAGUGCAAGUGCUGGCCUGUCGCUGUUGCUCGUGUCACUCUUAUGUUUGGUCUUGUUAAUUUAGAAAAUAAACACACAUGCAUCAACAGAAUGUUUUCUCUGUAACAAUGAAAUUUCCAUUAUUUUAGUUGUGUAAUAAAAUUAUACCUGUGUUUGUUUUUCCUUUUGCUAAUUUGUUAGAAUGCUGAAAAGGUAAUUGUCGAAACCUACAAUUAUAACUUUUCAAGAGUAAAAAAGAAAAGAAAGGAACAAACAUUCUUCAUUCAGUUUCUUAAAAAAACAUGUUUUAUUAGUGAUGUUAAAUGAUUUGUUAUUAUUAAAGAGAGAGAAAAAAAUUGUCAAUUGUCGUUUUUAAUUUAAAGGGCAUGUUUGGCCCUUGACAGUCAUAUUUGAUAAAGCUUGCUUCGGGCAGGCAUAUAAUAAAAU